AUGGACGGACAAUUAGGAUCUUUUAGUUUUCUAUUAGAACAUUACGAGUUGAUGCAACCAUUAUUGGCGAUUAUAAUUAUGCCAAUAUGCGAUCACGUCAUAGAUCAUGUAAUUAAACCAUGGAAACUUGAUAGAACGUUCAGAAGAAUGAUUUUUGGUGGACUGAUGAUAUCAAUUGCUUUCCUGAUAUCAGGAAUAUUGGAAACCUGCAUCAAGUCACAAUUGCCACCUUUGCCAACGGAGAAGGAGUUGCAAAUCAGGAUAUUCAAUGGGUUUAAUUGCACAGCUGUCAUUCAAUCGGAAAGUCUUUCACCAGACUACCUCAUAGUGAAUCCUUUUGGGAUGUAUAGCAAUAAACACGUACCCUAUGACUCUCUUCAUCAGUCUCAGUCUUUACAUCUUUCAAUAAGAGGAUCCUGCUUCUCUCCAAUAAAUGAAACGAUAGAUACAUAUGGCGGUAUUGCUAUACCGGUGAUGAUAAGGAAUGAAGAUGGACAGGCGGUUGCUGAUUCUUAUCAAGAAACUCUACUUAAGUCUGCGUCUGGUCUACCCAUCUUGACUGUCGUGGGAGCUGACAUUAGGGACAACGUGGUAAUCAGAGAUCCAUACGGCUCGGAGUUGUCAAUUACUGUAAAACCAAGCAUUGUUGCCGGACAUUCAGUGAUCAAUAAUCCUACCAGAACGUAUGAAGUAGACGUAUCGUUGUAUGAUUUAUACUUGAAUGGUGCGAAAAUCAUGAAACUCGAUUUGGACCCAGGCGGGGUUUAUUUGGUUACAUUAGUCAACAGCACAGCAAGAGUUUUUGUAGUAACGAAACCGAAUUCUGUGCAUGUCCUUUGGAUGCUACCUCAGGCUGCUGUUUUGAUACUAGGAGAGAUUUACUUCAGUAUUACUUAUGAUCAAUUUAUUUAUACUGAAGCGCCGAUGUCCUGUAAGAUAAUUGUUGCAGCAUUUCAUAAUUUCUUUACCGCCAUUGUAGAGAUUUUAAUAGAGAAUAUAGUUAAAAUUGAAGGCAUAGAUGUGGAUCAUAAACUUUAUCUGCAUGCACUUUUGCUUAUAUUGAGCAUGCUACUGUUGUUUAUAGUCAGAAAGAGAUUUCGUGCUUUAUCAACCAACAAUGUUCUGUUUUAA